AUGGGCAUACAUAAUUCUAAAGAUCACUCUAAUUUAACAUUAUCAACUGUAAAUAAUAAUAAUAAUCCAACAUGGCGACCAUCGAUAAAGAAUAAAUUUUCAAUCAAGAAGAAAACAAUGAAUUAUAACGGUUGGCAAGAAAUUAGUCGAUGUUCACAUUCGGAUUGGUUGAAUGGUGUUGCUGAAUCAUUUGGUUUUCCUCGACAUAAAUUUAUUUGUACUUCCGAACUGCACAGUGUGUGUGCACCUGGUUUUUGUUCAGAAUCUUUAUCACAUAAACUUUAUCAUGGUGCAUAUCGGUCGUCGUCGAAAAAUUUUCAAUCAACAAAAAUUAAAAAAUUACGUGAACAUUUUGAAUAUAAUCAUAUACCAGCAAUGAUUAGUUCAUUGCAGAAUUAUUCUGUACAUGGGCUUAUUAAUGGUUGUUCAAUGUCUGGCUUAGAUCAUAGUGAUACGAUUAUGCUAUUAAUUUAUUCAGUUGUUUUGGAAAAAACAAAAUUUAUUAUUGUUGAUUUAAAAUUAAAUCGUUAUGUUUGCGCAUUAGGCGACGAUUAUAAUGGUUUAGUUGAUGCGAAAAAAGUUCACGCUGCUUGGUCUAUGGAUAAAACACAAGUUAUUAUACGUGUACCGAUGGUUGGAGGAAGAGCUGCAUUGGAUUUUUAUAAAAUUGUGAGAAAAGAAGCUAAACUAUAUCGUCGAAUCGUUCCAAUUGAUGUCAAAGCAUUGUUUCAAUUUUGUCCAAACUAUUGGUCAUCCUGUUUAAUUCUUUAUACUUAUUCAACUGAAACAGAAACAACUCUCAUCAAUUAUAAUACAACAGCAUUGACACCCGGUGGCUCAAAUAAAGUACAAAUUCAGGCUAUUCAAUUACGUCAACAAUUGGCUGGAUCAUAUUUGUAUUUAAUGAAUGUACAUUCAUGGUCAGUAUGUAAAAAUCAAAGUAUUCAAAUUGAUAAUGGUUUUCAACUUUUAUCAAUUUUAUACACACGUGAUAGUGUGUAUACAAUAUUAACAUUUGCGGAUAAUCAUUGCCAUUGUGGACAAACAUUACCUAUCAGUUAUUUUGAUGUAUAUCAAUCAAAUAGUCUCCAACGACUUCAUCGUAUAUAUACGCAACAUAUAUCGCAUGUAUGUCCGUGGCAUAUGUGUAGAAAUUAUUUGACGCCAAUUUUUUCCGUUUCAUCAUCACGAAUGGCAUUUUGUACAACAAAAAAUAAUGAUGGAAGAGAAUUACAGGUUUCAAUCGUUGUAUUACCGAAUGAACUAAAUUUAAAAUCAAUUUGUCGUCGUCUAAUAAAUCAUUAUCUAAAUCAAGUAAAUGGUAAAAUUGAAGAUAUUACACGUGAACUUCCAUAUCGUCUCAAUCAAUACAUUCAAUAUCGACCAGAGUGUCAAUAA